AUGGCUUCCUAUAGCACUACCUUGCUUCCAGUCGUGUUGUUGUCUUGUAGCCUGGUCUGGCUGCUACUUUGGAUCUUUGUUCAUCCUUUACGAAAGAUUCCCGGUCCUUUUUGGGCUCGCAGGACUUCUUUAUGGAAGGUGUAUCAUGUUUACAGGCGAGACUUGGCGUUUGCUAUACAGAGGGCACACGAGAAGUAUGGCCCUGUUAUUCGAAUUGGUCCCAAUCAUGUCAAUUUCCAAACUCGAGAUGCCAUCGGUCCCAUCUACAAAGCUGGGAGUUCUAUGCCUAAGACAAAAUUCUAUGAUGCGUUCACGGCACUGCAUCCCAAUCUUUUCAGUACUCGUGACGAAGAGUUUCACAAGAUGCGAAGGCGUCAGAUGUCACACAGUUUCUCUAUGGCAACACUGCUCAAGUUUGAGGGCAGGUUUGGAAAGCAUUUACACCGCUUGUUCGCUAAUAUCGAGCAGCAGCCAGAGGGGCAAGUAUUUGAUCUAAAAGAGAGUGUGGCACGCUAUGCAUACGACGUCAUAAGUGAUCUAGCAUUUGAAAAGGAUCUAAACACGCAGAGCAACCCAGAGGCCAAUGAGCUGCCACCAAUUCCUGACCAUAUCCUCAUUGGCACAAUCCUUCAAAAGCUACUUCAGUCGCGAAAAUUGCUUAGUCAGAAAGCUUCUGAGUAUGUAAAUGAUGCCAUUGAGGAUCACAAGGCAGGAGAGAAAGAAACCCUGCUAGACAACCUUCUAGAGGCAAAAGAUCCCUCAACAGGAGCACCAUUGACGCCAGCAGAGGUUAGCUCAGAGGCCUUUGCCUUUUUGGUUGCAGGAGCACAUACCACAUCUGCCACGUUGGGUCUUCUAUUCUAUCACCUCCUCCAUAACCGAUACGCCGCCGAGAAGCUCACGGAAGAACUCAACGCGAAUGUACCCUUAUACAAUGACGGCGGGAAAGAAAUUUCAUAUUCGGGACUCGAGAGCAAACUACCGUAUACCAUGGCAUGCAUCAAGGAGAGCUUCCGCAUCACACCGGUCUUUACAAUGCCCUUACCUCGUCUCGUUACAGACCCCAAUGGUGUUGACAUCGACGGUUUCCAUAUUCCACAGGGGACCGCCGUGUCAAUGAUAUCACAGGCUCUACAUCACGACCCGCAAUUCUGGGGCGGUGAUCAUGACAAAUACAUUCCUGAAAGAUGGCUUGAAGAUGCCAUUUCAUUCAAUGAGAUAAUGCCUUUUGGCAUCGGACACCGGGCUUGCAUUGGCAGAAACAUUGCAAGCAUCAAUAUUCUCAAAGUCCUUUGUGCUCUUUGGCGCAAUUUCGAGAUUAUUCCAGUUGACAAAUACGAAAAGUUGGAGAUAAAUAGCCUCGGGGUUGAUGAGAAGAAAGGGCCGCUCUUGUGUACAGUACGAAAGCGACAGAUGUAG